GGCUUACAAACUGAAACAAAACAAAGGUUUAUGUGAAGGGUCAAAUACUACUGCUACUGAAUGAAGCCACAUCCUGCAUGAUGUUUUAAAUAGUUUCACUUUUAUAACUGGCAAUACUGUCAUCUCUUCUAUGGAUACACUGGUGGAUAGACCUCUUCUGAUGUCAUCAGUAAGAUGGCCGUGUCACAACUGGACUUUUCAGAAACUUGCUGAGCUGCUCGGUGAUGAAGUUUUCUCAUGCAGAAUUUCUAAAAAGUCUUGUGGUCCAAGACCAGAGACUGACUGUGAGUAUAGGGAUGUCACAGUUAGACACUUUUACCAGUGGCUGAAAGGGGAAACAACUUCUGGCCCACUCAAUGAGUUUUCUACCCACACACAUGCCUGCUAUAUUGACUACAAAUACAUGAAGGAUAUGUUUUUAAAUCACCCAGAGAUGUUAGAGGAAGUCCAAUGGAAAGAAUUUGGACUGAAUGAUUUUGAUGGCUACAACAGCACCAUCUGGCUGAGUAGUGAAGGGGCAAGCACUCCUGGCCAUCAGGACUCCUAUGGCUUCAAUUUGGUCAGACAGAUAUAUGGCAGGAAGUUGUGGGUCCUGUUCCCACCUAAGGACAGCUGUUCCCUGUACCCAACACGCGUGCCGUAUGAAGAGUCCAGUGUGUUUACACAAGUCAACAUCAGAAGGCCCAACCUUCAGGCUCACCCCAGGUUUCAAUUGACCCAUCCUGUGGUUGUCACGUUAUGCCCUGGUCAAACCCUCUACGUGCCUCGUCACUGGUGGCACUAUGUCGAGUCGCUGGAGCCAUCCAUCAGUGUCAACAUUUGGGUGCCCUUACAAGAAGAUAAUGAAAGUCGUUUGAACGAAGCUGUAACUCGUUGCCUAGCAACCAGUUUGAUUACCAGGCUUGAUGUCAGUGAAGACAAUUCCCUUAUGCAAAAGUGGUUAAACCCUACUGAGGAUUUGAUUUCGAUGGAUCUAAAUGUCAAGUUCCUCAAGACGGCACUGGCAAGGAUAUUGUCAGGGCGGUCAGCUGACAAGGCAGGGGAGGGAAUUGACAAGAAAAAAGAGACAUGUAAAUACUCAAGGGAAAUUACUGUUGAAAAUGUUCAAAAGGUGGCUUGCCCAAAGUCAGUGAUGGUUAACUCAAGUGACUGUUCAUCUACUGUGGCUCAAGUCAUAUGUGGAUCAUCAGUCAUAUGUGACCCAGAAGUCAUUUGUGGAUCAGAAGUUAUACGAAAAUCAUCAGACAUAAGUGGGACAGAGGUUACAUGUGAAUCAUCAGUCAUAUUUGAAUCAAAAUCAUUAUGUGAAUUAAAAGCUGUAUGUGGAUCACAUAUAUGUGAAACAAAAGUUACAUGUGAAAAGCAAGUUGUCUGUGAUAAGGAUUAUAUUCACAUGUUUGCUGAUCACAUCGCUGCAUAUCACACAACAUGUGUUAACACACCUUUCAUACUUGAUGACAUCACUUCCCCUACACUUGAUGACAUCACUUCCCCUACACUUGAUGACAUCACUUCCCUUAGAACUAUGAAAAGAAAAGCCGACCCUACAUUCAACACACCUCCCAAUAAAAAACUAUGUACUGCAGUCUCAUGUAGCAUAGAGGUGACAGAUAAAAUACCAUGUGAUCUAACUACACCUGACUUGUACAUCAAUCCUGGACCUCUUCACAUUUAUACAUUAGGUUCAUGUGAAGUCGGGAGUUAUUUGAAGUUUGUUGAUAAGUUGUGUGAGACUAGUCAAUGUAUGGAGUGUUUUGGUGGGAAUGAUGUGGUGACGGGUUCAGAUGAAAACAUUUUCAACAACAAAAGCAGCUCAGCCAGGCUGGUACCUGUCACUGAUGACACCUCAGAGAUGACACCUGUCAUAUGUGACAUGGCAGUGCUGACACCUGUGAGUCAUGACUUGUCAGUCCUGACACCUUUGACACCUGACUGCUAUGAAGUUGACAAUAAGUACAAGGCAGCUGACUUAAAUACUAACCCACUAUGUGAUUCCACCAUGAGCCCACUGGCUGACCCCACUAUGAGCCCACUGGCUGACCCCACCAUGAGCCCACUGGCUGAACCCACUAUGAGCCCACUGGCUGACCCCACCAUGAGCCCACUGGCUGACCCCACCAUGAGCCCACUGGCUGACCCCACCAUGAGCCCACUGGCUGAACCCACCAUGAGCCCACUGGCUGAACCCACCAUGAGCCCACUGGCUGACCCCACCAUGAGCCCACUGGCUGAACCCACCAUGAGCCCACUAGCUGAACCCACCAUGAGCCCACUGGCUGAACCCACCAUGAGCCCACUGGCUGAACCCACCAUGAGCCCACUGGCUGACCCCACCAUGAGCCCACUGGCUGAACCCACCAUGAGCCCACUAGCUGAACCCACCAUGAGCCCACUGGCUGAACCCACCAUGAGCCCACUGGCUGAACCCACCAUGAGCCCACUGGUUGACCCCACCAUGAACCCACUGGCUGACCCCACCAUGAGCCCACUGGCUGACCCCACCAUGAGCCCACUGGCUGACCCCACCAUGAGCCCGCUGGCUGACCCCACCAUGAGCCCCCUGGCUGACCCCACCAGGAUCUUAUCGCGUGACCCCAGCAUGCCAGACUUUGAGAACCUUUUAACAGCAGAAGAGAUGGCUGAAGGUCUGCUGACCUGUGCCCUACACCCGGAUGUUGUUGGCAUGAUAGCUCAGCUGUUUCAGGAGAGGUGUGAGACUUUGGUCAAGCUCAAGCUGGAGAAGGCAUGA